AUGCCUUCUGCAAAGCGAAAAUCCGAAGAUGCGGCGACGAAGCAUCCAAAUAAACGGCCAAAGUCGAGUUCCAAUUCGAAGAGCGGAACUGCCACCGCUGAACAGGAACAGACCAAAAGUCCAAAACCAAAACCAGCCUCUGUUCUUACCAAAGAACAACCUGCAUUUCCUCGAGGUGGUGCUAGUCUGCUAACUCCUCUAGAGCGUAAGCAAAUUCGAGCAAGGGUAGCCCAAGAUGCGGAUGCAGAACAGAAACCUUCGCAGGAACUCUUUGGAGGCCGGGACACCAGGGCGGAUGUUGACACCGACGAGGGCAAUGAUUCCGAAGUGAAUUUGUCGGCGAAGAAACGGGAAAAGAGACAACGAAAAGCUAAGAAGUUGUCUGCGUCCUCUGCAACUGCUACAAACACCGACGUUCAAAUCGGAGGUCUCAGCCAUAAGCGGAUAACCACCGACUCUCUUAUUUUGGGUCAGAUCACAUCUAUAAGCGCAAGAACGCUGACCGUCGCCUUGCCGAACAACCUUGUGGGUUAUGUGCCUCUGACUGCAAUCUCGCCGCAGCUGAGUGGGAAAAUACAAGGUCUUCUCGACCAAAAUGACGAAGAAGACAAUGACAGCGAAAACGAGCGAGAUGAAGAGCAAGACAUCGCUUUGCCGGGUUAUUUCCACGUUCAUCAGUACCUGCGAGUCGCAGUGACCUCCACGGAGCAAGAUAGGCGAGGAAUGAAAUCUGCCGCACGAAAACGAAUCGAGUUGUCAGUUGAGCCAGCGUUGACCAAUCUAGGCUUGGGCCGGUCGAGUCUCGUGGCUGGAGCCGUCGUUCAAGUAUCUGUGUGCAGUGUCGAAGACCACGGGCUAGUGGUUGAUCUUGCACUAGAAGACAGCAAGGUGCACGGGUUCAUCCCCAAAAAACAAUUGCCCAGGGAAUGUUCCUUGUCGACUAUUAAAGUUGGCGCUGUUCUUCUGUGCCACGUCCUCGAAACGAGCCCCACCAAUAAAGUGGUGAAGCUCUCAGCUGACCUCUCCAAAGUACCAGCCUUGAAGACCGCUCCUUCUGUGGAUACUUUUCUCCCUGGAACCAAAGCAGAGAUUUUGAUCAACAAUGUCACAGACGCUGGAUUGUCAGGAAAGGUCAUGGGCAUGUUAGACGUCACGGCCGACAUUGUUCACUCGGGCUCAUUUAAGGACCGACAGGCGUUUCUUGCCAGAUAUGCAGUCGGCAACAAGAUUACGGGUCGACUUAUCUGCAACUUUCCCCUUUCAGAAGUGAAGAAGCUGGGAUUCUCUGUUCUCGACAAUCUCAUCGAUUUAGACGACAACCACGAUGCUGCCGAUGAGGAAAGCGCCAAGUUGACGUUAUCUUCCACCAUCGAGUCAGCGUCCGUCAUUCGAGUUGAGCCAGGACUGGGCGUUUACCUGCAGCUAGACCAGGUUAAUAUAGGUUUUGCUCACGUGUCUCGUCUCUCGGACAAGAAGCUGGAUACGAUCUCCGAAGGCAGCGGCCAGUUCAAGCAUGGAUCCGAACACAAGGUUCGAUUGCUUGAAUACAACCCAGUCGACAACCUCUACAUAUUGUCUGCUCAAAAGAGCGUGAUUGAACGACCGUUUCUCAGAUUCGACGACGUGCCGCUUGGUGCGGUCGUCGAAGGAACGAUUGAGAAGUUGCUAGUCGGUCCAAGUGGAGUUCAAGGCUUACUGGUCACGAUUGGAGAGGGCCUGAGCGGUCUCGUGCCACAGAUACACAUGUCUGACGUUGAUCUGAAACAUCCAGAGAAGAAAUUCAGGGAGGGCCAGACCGUCACUGCUCGAGUCCUGUCCACUGAUCCUAUCAGGCGGCGCCUGAAACUCACUCUGAAGAAGGCUUUAGUGAACAAUGAUCAGAAACCAUGGCUCCGCUUUGAAGAUAUUGAGACUGGUGAUUCCACAGUAGGUACACUGACCAAGGUUGACCGCCUUGGUGCAGUUGUCCGGUUCUAUGGCCCAGUCAGGGGAUUUCUUCCUGUGUCUGAGAUGAGCGAAGCAUAUAUCAAAGAUGCCACGGAGCAUUUCCGGGUCGGUCAGGUUGUCUCAGUAAACGCAAUCAGCGUCAACGCCCCCGAAAAGCGCUUGACAGUAUCCUGCAGAAGUAUCAAUGCACCCAACUCCACGAUCGAAAGCACCCUUGCAGCAUUGCAACCAGGCACUUUCACCGGUGGUAUUGUCUUUGAAAAAUCUCUGAACGACGUUUUAUUGCGCUUGGACGGAUCCGACGCUAUUGCACGAUUGACCCUAGAUCAUAUCGCCGAUGGCUCUCUCCGAAAACGAGAAUCUGCACUCAGCAAAGUUCGAGUGGGUCAGAGGUUGGAAAAUUUGCUCAUAUUGCAAGUCCUAGCAAAGAGGAGACUGGUCUUGAUCUCUAACAAACAGAGUUUGGUACAGGCUGCACAAAAUGGCACUCUGCUCAAAGGAUACGAACAGCUUCGACCCAAUGCGGUCGUGACCGGCUACGUGACGAAUAUCACAGAGAAUGGCGUGUUUGUGGGCUUUGCUGGUGGCAUAACCGGGCUAAUGACCACAGCUCAAGUACCUGUCGAGACUGAGAACGAGCCAGACUUUGGGAUGACCAAAUUCCAGCCCGUAACCGCUAGAGUCCUCUCUAUUGAUUACAAGGGUGCGACACCUCGAUUUUGGCUGACAACCCGAGAGGUUCUCCCUACCGAUGGCGACAUAACGAGCAAAACUGAGCUUCCUCUGGACUUCCCAAAACUCAUCAAUCCGGUGGACGCGAGCCUUGAAACGCUUAAUGAUUUAUUCAUUGGGAAAGUCACGAAAGCAAGGAUCAUCUCGGUCAAGGAAACGCAGAUCAAUGUCGAACUGGCCAAAGAUAUGCAAGGGCGUAUCGACGUGUCGGAAGUAUUUGACGACUGGAAGGAUAUCAAAGACCGGAAGAAGCCAUUGAAGCAAUUCUCUCCGAAGCAAGAACUUCCUGUCCGAGUUCUUGGGGCGCACGACACGAGAAACCAUAGGUUUCUGCCGCUAACACAUCGAAAAGGGAAAAAUACAGUGCUCGAACUCACGUGUAAACCAAGCUCAGUCUCAGGACCAGAGCAAGCCAGAUUAACAUUGCAAGAUAUGGCAGUGGGAUCAUCCUGGCUUGCCUUCAUCAACAACAUUUCCGACGACCGCGUAUGGGUCAAUAUUUCGCCAACUAUUCGUGGAAGAAUUCGGGCCAUCGACCUCUCGGAUGAUCUGUCACUUGCUGCAAAUGUGCCUCGCAACUUUCCUCUUGGCUCUGCUCUACGGGUCCGGGUUCUCAGCUUGGACGCCGAGAAGGGGCAUCUGGAUCUAACCGGGCGCUCAGAUGGCACUGCGAGCUCUUUGACAUUCACAAAUAUUUCUACGGGACUUGUGCUUCCCGGUCGGGUGACGAAGGCUACCGACCACAACAUCAUCGUCCAGCUCAGUGACCAGGUUGUUGGUGUUGUUGACUUGAUUGACAUGGCGGACGACUACAGUGAAGCGAACCCUGCGAGGUACCAGAAAAACGAUAUUCUUCGGGUCUGCGUGCUCAGAGUGGAUGCUCCCAACAAGAAGGUCAAUCUGUCAACUCGACCUUCGAAAGUCCUCAGCUCUUCAAUGGGGGUUACCGACCGAGAGAUCACCUCACUCGAUCAAUUAGCCGUCAAUGACAUCGUCCGUGGAUUUAUUUGUAAUGUGGCCGACAAAGGGGUUUUCGUGACUCUGGGUCAUGGCAUCACAGCGUUUGUGCGGGUUAGUAACUUGUCGGACAGCUAUCUGAAGGAGUGGAAAGAUCACUUCCAGCGUGAUCAGCUUGUGAAAGGGAGGGUCACUAUGGCCGACAAGGCUUCUGGUCACGUCCAGAUUAGCUUGAAGGAAUCGGCACUGAACCCUGACUACAAAGCGCCGCUUACGUUCAAUGACUUGAAGGUGGGAGAUAUUGUGACCGCCAAAGUUGUCAAGAUCGAGCCUUUUGGGGUUUUCAUACUUGUGGAUAAUUCCGAGAACGUACGUGGCCUCUGUCACCGAAGUGAGAUUGCCGAGCAACCAGUCGAAGAUGUCAGCAAGCUGUUCAACGAGGGGGACAAAGUCAAGGCCAAGGUGUUGAAGAUCGAUUUGACGCGGCGUCGCAUCAAUUUUGGCAUGAAGGCAUCAUACUUCGGCGAUACUACUGGAGAGAAUGCAGAAAGUGAUUCCCCAUUUGAGGAUGACGUCGAGGACGGUGGCGCGCAUCUCGACCAGGAAGAUGAAAGCUCGGACGACGAUAUGGAAGCACUAUUCCGGGAUGAUGACGAACAAGAUUCGGAAGCAGGUGCAGAGGACGUUGAAAUAAGGCCCGAAGAGGAUGCCCACGAGUCAGAAGACCGCCGGGACGCCCCAAGCCCGUCCUAUAGUAGCGGUCUCUCCGUGGGUGGUUUUGACUGGUACGGCAUCUCCGAAGCCACGGGAAACAAACGAGCGGCUGAAGCAUCCGAUUCGGAAGGCGAAGACACAACCAAAGCACCCAAAAAAAGGAAGAAGCGAGGCGCCAUCCAAGUCGACCGAACGGCAGACCUAGAUGUCAACGGGCCUCAAUCCGUGGACGACUUUGAGCGGUUACUUCUAAGCGAGCCCGAUUCUUCCCUCCUCUGGCUCCAAUAUAUGGCCUUUCAUCUUGACCUUGGCGACACCGAUCAGGCGCGGCAGAUCGGCGAGCGCGCAUUGAAAGCCAUCGGCCUCGGCCAAGAAGAAGAAAAACUGAACGUCUGGGUGGCACUGCUGAAUCUGGAAAACGCCUAUGGAGACGACGAAAGCAUUGAGGACAUGUUCAAACGGGCGUGCGAGUACAACGAUCCGCAAGAAAUUUACUCCCGGUUGACGAGCAUCUACAUUCAAUCAGGAAAACUUGAGAAAGCUGACGACAUGUUUCAGCGAAUGCUGAAGAAAUUCACGCAGGAUCCUAAGAUGUGGGUGAACUAUGCGCAUUUCUUAUUCGACACGGUGGGUGAUGCAGAGAAAGGGCGGGCACUUCUUCCGCGAGCACUCCAGACGCUGCCUCGAUUUACACACUUUGACAUUACGUUGAAAUUCGCACAGCUUGAAUUCAAAUCUUCUCAUGGGCUGGCGGAGAGGGGACGAACCAUCUUUGAGGGGUUGAUCAGUUCCUUCCCCAAGAGGGUGGAUCUGUUCAACGUGCUCCUUGACUUGGAGCUCAAGCUGGGAGGCGAAAAUAAAGAGCAGGUACGAGGGCUGUUUCAGCGGAUAUUUGGUGGCAAGUUGAAGCCCAAGCAAGCCAAAUACUUCUUCAAACGGUGGAUGGAGUUUGAGGAGAAGGAAGGAGAUGAAAGACGGGUCGAGGAGGUCAAAGCCCAGGCAGCCAACUGGAUCCGGGAUGCCGGCAAGUAG